AUGCCUACAGAGAAUGGUGAGAUUGCUCACAAACGUCGGCAGGGCGGGCUUGACUCUCGAUAUAUGAUCACACAUCUAAAGCCCAAGGAUUUCAAGGUCUUGUCUUUGACGACUAUUGCUACGCCACAUAGGGGUUCGGCGGUGGCAGAUUAUGUUCUUCAGCAGAUAGGCAAUGACCGCUUGACCCAGCUGUAUUACCUCCUCGAAAAGAUCAGAAUCGAGUCAGGGGCAUUUUCUCAGCUCACACGCGAGUAUAUGGAGAAAACGUUCAACCCCACAACUCCAGAUAUUGACGAUGUUCGGUACUAUUCCUAUGGAGCAGUGAUGGAGCCAAGUUUUUGGUCAAUCUUUCGCUUAUCUCACCGGCUUCUGCAAGAGAUUGAAGGGUACAAUGAUGGACUAGUCAGCGUAGCAAGCAGCAAAUGGGGAGGAGAAGACGGUUACAAGGGGACUCUGAUGGGCGUGAGCCACUUGGACCUCAUCAAUUGGAGUAAUCGACUCAAGUGGCUUGCAGGCGAGAUCACUGGUCAGAAGCCAAACUUCAAUGCUGUUGCUUUUUACCUGGACAUUGCAGGAAAGGUCAUUCUUACUCUUCAGACGGAGGCUUCAAUAGCCGGUAUUCAGGUCAAACUAGAGGCAGAGAGUCGCACGCGCUUAGCUGGGCCUAAAUAUCCACAUAAUGAGCACUCGGAUAAGAAGCGCACGGAGCUUGAAGUCCACAAGCUUCUGUAUAAGGUGACGGACCUCUUCCCGGAUCCAGCGUUAGUCAACACUCAGUCAUCUCCUACCACUGCUUGGACAUUGGCUCCAGGCAGAUAUGAAUAUCCGUUUCAGUUCAAGUUUCCCUUCAACAACGCAUGCAAUCUACACAAUAGCAUGCUUACCAACCUCAAUUUCUCUGGACUCAAGGUUGAGGUAGCCAAGCAGGCCGAGCGCCAUGUGAAACGGACCCUUCCCCCCUCGCUGUCUGGCUUUCCGGGCAUGGCUGAGGUCAAGUACUAUGUGAAAGCCACCGUUGUUCGUCCGCAGUUCUACAAGGAGAACCUAAGAACAAUAACCAACCUCACUUUCCUUCCCAUUGAGCCACCACGGACGGGAAAUCCGAAGGAAGAAGCGUAUGCGAGACGGCAACACCAAUUCGCGAACGGUCCGACACCGUCGCCCAAGAGACUAUUUCACAAAAGCUCAAAGGGAUCACUAAAAGAUCUUGCAGCGGGAUCUCUUCGUGUCGCUGCUGAGCUGCGCCUACCCAACCCAUCUAUCCUCACCUGCAAUGAGCCCAUCCCCAUGCGUAUACUGGUCAAAAAGUUGUCCGAAUCAUUCGAGACGGUCUUUCUGCAGAUGCUACAGAUCGAAUUAAUCUCCUAUACUCAUAUUCAGGCGCAUGAUCUCAAACGAAUGGAAACCGGCUCCUGGGUAGUCAUGAGUCGAAGCAACAUGGCAAUGCCUCUUGGGAGGGGUGGUGACCCGGCGGGUACCGAAUGGACGAUUGAUCCUAACUUGUGGAAUCGCUUACCUCUGCCUCCUUCUGUUGCUCCGUCUUUUCAAACAUGCAAUAUCUCAAGAAACUACGAGUUAGAGGUACGCGUCGGGCUUGCCCAUGGCACCGUAGGGAACCUGAAAUCACAAUUGAUUAUUCUUCCAUUGAGGGUGCCUGUUCGAGUGUACUCCGGAAUCACCCCGCCACCAGCAUUGUUAGAGGCAAUGGCGGCGAAUACGCAAGAUAAGCCUAAGCGUCCUGUACACACGCCAAGCUGGCCGCAGGCACAGGGGACCGAACGACCUCCAAUGCCCCCAAGGCCGACUGUGCCUCCGCCAGCUGUCAGUCCAGACGACUUCCAUGACGAUGCUCCUCCGAGUUACGAGGAUGCGAUGGCUGAAACCCUCAGUCCCUUGGAAGGCCCUCGCCGCGAGUAUUACCCACCAGAUGUCUCUUCUUCUAGAUCUUCCGUUGAACCCGGAGCUGAUGCAAGGUCACCAGUGGGUGAUGGCCCUAAAACGUCCGGCGGAAUCUAUAGCAAUCAAGGAGCGAACUCAUCCUCGGAAUCCUUUGAUAUGCUCCCUUCAACUCCACCAGAAUCUCGGUCAGGAUCACCUCUAGGGUCCCCUGUCGCCCGGCAGCAGAGCGUUCUCAAGAUACACAAGUCCCCACUUCCAGUGGAAGACAGCCCUCCAAAAUACCAACUGGUAGCUGAGAAUCCACAACCAGCCCCGGCCCAGGAAACACCAAGACCGCCACGCCCAAUGAACCUUGGAGUACCGAGCAGGAAACCAGUGCCUAGUCCGAGCCGAGCUAACCCGCAGCCGAAGCCGUGA